AUGUUAAUCGAUCUUCCAACACAAGUGCCUCCACUGACGCCGGGGACGAACCAGAAGAUGACACAAGCCUUGGCCGCCAGUUUCAACAGUUGGGAGAAAGAGAGAGAAUUAUUAAACAUUCCUAAAGAUCCCCGCCAAUGGACAGAAGUAGACGUCACUCAUUGGCUUAAUUGGGCGAUCAGAGAGUUCUGUCUCGAAGGCGUAAAUCCGCAUAAUUUCUCCGCAAUGAAAGGCAAAGACGUGUGCGCUCUCGGGAAGGACUCAUUCCUCGCCUUAACGCCGCCAUUCAUGGGAGACAUCCUUUGGGAACACUUGGAUAUACUUCAAAAAGCUGAGAUCGAUAACUCUCGGACGACAUCGCUGGAGAACGUGCCGUCCAACUACUUCGAGCCCUGUAUGCCUGACUUCAACGAAUUCUUCCAACAGUCGGGAGGCGCCGGCUAUCCAUUGCCCGAACAUAAGGCAACACCAGUGAUGAAUGGGGGCAGUAGUGGGCCGUCAUCUUCGGGUGCCUCGAGCUCUACCAACGGCUCAUUCACUGACGGAUCCGCUUAUCUUCAUAUCACGGAAUCAAUGCUUACUCUAAGCGAUUGUCACGAAGACCUGGGACUGAGUCACACUCGGUAUGAAGACAACCACGACUACGGACUGGAGGCCCAGACGCCAUAUCUGGACGGCUCUGAGUUCUACCCGACGUCUAAUAUGUUGAACGAAAGCAAAUAUUCGCCACAAUAUACCACAAACAAGCCCUUCAACAACACUCGGGGCCGAUAUCCGACUCAUGACAUGAACACAUUGAUUGACUAUCCGUCUCAUCAAUACGAGCCGCCCCUCCAAACGGUUCCCUCAUCUGUUCCGCCGACGCCAUCGCCAGAGCAAUGGCCCACAGAAUUGAGUCCUCAUAGCAAUAGCGGUACACCAAAUGGCAUGACGUCGAGCGCACACCACAACCCACAGCCCGGUCCACAUCAUCCACAACAACAGUCUCUUCAUCUCUCACAUCAUCCGCACAAUACAUACACUCCGUUGCAUCACAACAGAGACCACCGGGCGUUGACUCACUUGACACAAAUGCAUAGUCCAAGGAGUGGACCGAUCCAAUUGUGGCAGUUUCUGCUGGAACUGUUAACUGACAAGAACUGUCAAAACUUCAUAUCAUGGACGGGUGACGGCUGGGAAUUCAAACUCACAGAUCCCGAUGAAGUGGCCCGUCGUUGGGGUGUUAGAAAAAACAAACCAAAAAUGAAUUACGAGAAGUUGAGUCGAGGACUGCGUUAUUAUUACGAUAAGAAUAUAAUACAUAAAACUGCGGGAAAGCGUUAUGUGUAUCGGUUUGUCUGCGAUCUGCAGACACUGUUAGGCUAUAGUCCCGAAGAACUGCACGCAAUGGUUGAUCUCAAACUCGAGAAGAAAGACGACGACUAAUGUUUAGACACAAUGUUUUAAAACAAAUAUAUUGUUUAAAACAGCAAAUUAUUAUAUAUGUUAACAACUGUUCUGUACUGACAAGUCUUUGCGCCCCUCUUCUGGUCACAAGUCAUUCAAUACAAUACAUUCACAAUCGGAAGCAUAAUAUUUAAACACUUAAUGCAUUUCAAGACACUAUUGUUUUAUUUGACCACUUCUUUCUGACCAACACUUUGAAUGAAUUGAGAAAUUAAUGAUUAUAUUAUUUAUACCAUUAAUUAAUAAUACAGUUGUUUAGUCGCAGACAUUUGAAGACAUAUUCAUAUAUUAAAGACUAGUCUAUAAAUUUGAAAAUCCAAACCGAAACCGAUGAUUGAAUUUGUAUUAAAACAAUGAAAUGUCAAAACAGAGCCGACAUUCAAACCAAAGAAUUCGACCGCAAAUUCAUUUUUAUCAAUCGAAGACAUCAUCUCUUAUAUUGUCAUCGAUUUCAUAACCAAAACCGAUACAAAAACACCUGAAAAACAUGAUAAUAAUUUGUCAGUGCUUUACGUCAAACAUAUAUGAAAUACUUGUGAUUCAUUUAUUUGUUCAUUAUUUCCAUAACUUCUCUCUUGACUCUCCACUCAAUCAGUUGUAGCGGUGUUUGGGAUAUAAAAACGAGUGUAAAUCCAGUGAUUAUGCAAUUAAUUGAUUAACGAAAAUUAAUUGUCCAUUUAAAUAGUCUUCACGUCUAUCUCUCUCUCUCAUUACAAUAAUUGCCUUAGAAUUUAAACCAAAUUUUAUAACCAAAAGUAAAGUUUUCAAAGAAUCAGUGCCUUAUAUAUAUUUAUUACAAUAACGCAAUCAAAUCAAUUUAAUCGUGUUUUGAUAGUUUAAAUUAAGGCUGAGUUUAAUAUAAAAGUCUAUUACAACCCCAACCGAGUGCUCAAAAUUAUUUCCAAAUGCUUUUUAGUUUCAUUAUUGCUAAUAAUAUUCACAUUUUUGACAAAUGCUCUCUCCUAUCAUG